GCAAGCUGAAAGGAAUGUCGAGCGCCGUACAUCGCGACAGCAACGAAUUCUGAGUAUUUCUAAUCAUCAGUCACGCAACAACGCUGUCAACAACGUGUCAAUGAUUAAACACUUGUGCACCGACGAAGAAUGAAAGUAGACUGAACACAAUGCUCCUGAAACAGUUUGUUAUUAUCGUAUCUUUAAUAUAUUUUACAGAAUGCGCAGCCCAAGUUUACAAGAGUCACUCGGUCGAAACUGCAGUAGUAAUCAAACCAGCGGUUGUAAACGAUGAUUUUAUUACACAAACCGUCUACGGUUUCUUGGAUUUCACCACCACCAUUGGAAACACGGUGAUGGUAUUCAGCCCACAAAGCGCACCAGCAGACGGUGAAAAGGGAAAGAAGAGCAGUGUUUCGAUUAUUCAGACGAAACCGAGCGAAACGCAGGGAAAAGCGGUUCUUGAUAUUCAACCGAGCAAAACGCACAAGACCAACUCCGACGAGGAAACGAAGAAACAAGUAAAAGGCACAAAGAUCGUUGUGAAUUCCGUGAUUGAACAGAACGUCAUCAAUUCCUCGGAAGAUAACGGAUUGCGGUCUCCAAAAAGCCAGGUAAAAUCAAUCAAUAAUGUAACAUUUUCAAAAAAUUCCUAAUAAAGCAGAAUCUUAAAUUACCAAAAAAUACAUAUAUUUAAAUAUUUAAUGAUAUGUCGAACGUUAAGAUUAAUUAUUUGUUUGUUCUUACAGUUGAUCAGUCUGAGACCUUCUUCGAAACAACAUGCAAAACCUAGACCUACGGCACGAAGGGAAAAAGAGAAUCCGACUGGACUCGUCACGAAACUGGGAGGUACCAUUGUAAAGGACGGCUUAACCACUGUUCACGAAACGAGCGUAAUUGGUACCUACAUAAAUGGCAAAUACGCUCAAGUACUCCAAAGCUCUUCCAGGAUUCUUCAGAGUCCACCUGAACCGAAGAUUCCUGAAGGCAAAAUUCGUCCAUCUAGCACACAACGAAUCUUAAAAACUAUUGGACCGCAGCAAGGAAAGUUGAAACCGCAAUUGGAACCCACACCGACCCAUCAACAAGAAGAAUCGUCAUUACCCCUAGAAGUCCUGUUUAGUGCGCCAGCUGGUUCCACAAUUCGAAGUACGCGGAAGAAUAAUGGGCCCAAUUCAGCACGUCCAAAAUUUCGUAACAAAAUCAAUGAAGAUUACGAUAGCGGAGAAGUGCAACAAAAUAAGCCACCUAAAAAUCGAAUCAGCACUACAGCAAGACCUGGCUAUAAAAACCGAAGCCCGCCCACAACGACGACCGAACCACCUGUUACACGACGCCGUACUGGCUUUAGGCCAAGCAACCAGCCGAAUUUGCCAUCAAAGCAGAUCCCAAAAAACAAAAUCGAGCAGCAACCAACCAAUUCUAAUCCUGCGCCGAAACUAAAGUUACCGAGAACGCAAGGGCGAUGGUCGUACAAAACAACUCCUAAGCCAAGGGUGAUCAUUCGGAAACAAAUAGAUGAUGACGAGUUGCGUUCCACACCUGAAACUGGCACCACGGAGGGUCCAGUGAACGUCGAUGACAGCAAAACCACUGCGGCUUCCAUUUCCACGUCUACGACAACAACAUCGUCCACAACAGGCCAGGCAAUUGCCGCGCAAAGGAAAAUCCAGGAGCUUUCCAGUGACGAAGAAUUAGACCCAAGCGAAAGCGAAGAUGCACCCAGCGUUAGUGUCAGCCAAGAUCAACAACAUUCCGAUCAAAUAUUGCCUGUAGAAACGCUCAAUGUUGAGAUCUCUACUGCGGCCGACAACGGUGAUGCGUAUUUUGAAAUCGCUACUAUUAAAUCGCCGUACACUUUCCAGGUUGGAACCUUGAGGAAUACUCGUUACAUAACCGUCACUUCGACGUUAAAGAAGUCAUUUUCGACGGCAGAACCAACCAGCACGAUAUCGCCCACUGAACCCCUAACUGAAAAUCUCUUAGCAAAUACCGCAGCAGCUUAUGAAACAACGUUACCAUUAGACUCGGCUGUAGCCACCCUCCCAGCCAUAUCUCUGGAAUCUGGCCAGGCGACUCCUCCGUUGGAAACAUUGACGGAGACGUUCUCGACUACGCAGACCUUGUUAAAGACCCACUUAUUACCAGUGAUAUACGGCGGUAACACAACAAAAUUGACGUUAGUACAAACAUACAACGUUGCACGAGUGGUCACUGCCACGAAGACCCUACCACCAAUGGACAUAUACCAGUUCAUACCCAGCAAAGCACUGAACGAAUUUAACUCGAAACUCGACGAAGCGGGCAGCGAGCUGCACUUAGAAUUAGAUGUCGGGGACGACGACAGGGAUGACGAUGAUAUCCCUAAAAGAGUGGUAGCGCCGAACAACGACAUGGACUCGGAUCUGGAACCUUUCAAAUCUAUAUCAUCCUCGAAAGUGAAGUCGGAUACAUCGAGCAGCAGCUCCAUCGAGUCCCAAUUGACUCCCGAUCAACUGGCGCUGUUGAAAUACUUCGGUCAACAACAGCAACAACAACAGCAGCAAGUGAUUACCACCUCGCGACCAAUCGUCGUACUGGAGACGCUAUACGAGUCUCAUGUAAUUCCAGUGGUGAACAACGGAAACACUUUGUACUCGACGAUAUCCAGGCCAGUCGGCACCGUGCCACGGACAUCUUACGAAUACGGAACGUCCACAGUUGCACCAGUUCUGCCACCUCAAUUACCGCCGCAGCUGCCGCCGCAAUUACCUCUAUUCCCACAACAGCCACAGUUCACGGUGACGAGUGCACCCGUGGUCACACAAACGCUGGCAACCGUUUCCAAUUCGAAAGUACUGAAGCUGACCUUUGGAGCCAAGACGGCCUACACGACACUAUUUUCCAGCCGAGUAGUGCCAACUGAGGUCACAACCUAUGUUACGACCACCGUGCCCGUGCAACCUUCCGUCCCUGCUUUCCCAGGCUACUAUCCUCCGCCCGUCGCCUAUCCACCUUUUCCUUUUGUAGGAUAAGGUCUUCGAACUUUGCGCUGGCCGCGGCGAAGGAUAAGUUACUCACGCAUCGAUGACUGGGGAAUGUUUUGUUUCACGUAGACUGUUCCGAAAGUUUCGAAGAUAGAAGUUUCAAACAAAGAAUAUAUAUACUUGUAAUAGAUUUAUGACAUCGUGAUAAAUCAUCAAAUAUCAUAUUGGCAAUGACUAUUAACACUAGAACUACCGAACGUUUAAUAUGAUUGAUAUGUAAUCUUUAUAAAAAUUGCAACAACAGAUUUUUUCGCGGUUUUCGUGUAUUCAUUAUAGCAUUCGAGUGGAACUAUUAUAUUUUUAAAAUUUUUUCGGAUAUUCAUCACUCUUAAAAUAUCAAUAAUUGAGAAAUAAGAAAACUGAAACCCAUCAUUUUGAUAGGUGUGAUAGUUCUA